AUGACCAGCAACAGGCUCCCAAAUCCAAAUCGAUAUAUCACCGAUAACGAUGUAGAUGGAAACUCCUUCUUUUCUACCGACUUACCUGCAUCUGUGGAAGUUGGUAGUGAACUUGGCGGCGGUCUCCAGAGGCUAGGUUACCAGACCGAGAAAUCUCCCGUCUCGCUCAGCAACAAAAAUGAUCUCGAGCGCUACAAAGCCGCCUUGCAGACCCAGGUCCCACUCGUCACGCCAGGCGGCGGUGCUAACGUGUGGUAUAACGAUAUUCCUCCCGACGCGGAAGGCCCGAUGCACCGCACCGUCAGCCUCGACAUUAUUAUCGUGCUCAUAGGCGAAGUCGAGCUCACUUUGUCUAACGAUGAGACCCGCACGAUCAAGCCAGGCGAUAUGGUGAUUCAACGAUCCACGUUACACAAGUGGCGUAACCCGAGCAAGACGGAAUGGGCUCGAGUGGUAGGGAUCAUUUCGGAAUGUCAGCCUUAA